AAUUAUAAUUGGUUCGACUGAGCAAUACUGUAAAAUAUAAUCCCAUUGGGACCGGGUCUCGCCUCUCAUCAUUGGGACAUUUUAAAACUGGGCGCUAUCGUGAUUAUCAACGUUGGGAGAUACAAAAAAUGCUUGACGAGUUACACCUAUCAGGACGAGAAAACGUAAUCGCACGAGCAGCCUUUAUCUUUAAGCACUAGGGCAUUUUCCUAUUCUUUGGGUCUUUCGGGGGCAUUUAAACACGUGUCUAAUACAUAUAGGUGUGAGGAAUUGAAACGUUAUGUGACGAGGCGAUGCUUAUAACUGGCGAGUUUAAAACACGCGUGCAGUAGUGUAGCACGUACGAGUGUCUCCGAUCGAUAUUCACAAUUUCAGAUCGGCAUUGGGAUAUUUAAAGCACGUGGUCAAGUGCCUCGCUCAUCAGCGCUGGGAAAUCCAAACGCGUGUGGGGAGUCCACGCUUAUCCGCAUUGCGAAAUCCAAACGCGCGUGCCGAGCCCACGCUUAUCCACAUUGCGAAAUCCAAACGCGCGUGCCGAGCCCACGCUUAUCCGCAUUGCGAAAUCCAAAGGCGUGCAGAGCCUACGCUUAUCCGCAUUGCGAAAUCCAAACGCGCCUCACGAGCCCACGCUUAUCCUCAUUGCGAAAUCCAAACGCGCGUGCCGAGCCCACGCUUAUUCGCAUUGCGAAAUCCAAACGCGUGCAGAGCCCACGCUUAUCGGCAUUGCGAAAUCCAAACGCGCCUGACAAGCCCACGCUUAUCCGCAUUGCGAAAUCCAAACGCGUGGCGCCGUGAGUUUCGCCCCCCUCUGCCUCGUGUUUGGUCCACCGCCGCCUCCUCCGCCUCCUUCUUCGCUCUCGGCUCCCCUCACCGUGAGCCAGGGCCGAAGAUGAGCAGCCAGAUCACCUGCCUCGCCUGGGUGAGGCGAGGGGUCGCUAAAGAAACGCCGGACAAGGUGGAGCUUAACCCCGACGAACUCAAAAGUCUCAUUGAAGAUGCACGCGAGAAUGCCAAGAGUGAGGGGCUGGACGUGGACGGGAUCGAAGAGAAUGCAGAGGAGGAGGAGGCGCAGGACGUGAGCGACGCGGCAGCAGAUGGCGCCAGAGCAGCCGCACGGGCGCAGAGAGAGACUGAUGAGCUCGCCGAGUAUCGGCUGGACGAGUACGACAACGACGAAGGCAUGGGCGGCGUGAUGGAUAGCCUGGCGGGCCUCGCUGUGUAUGCCAACAAUGACGAUGACCCAUACAUCACCCUCAAAGACACGGAGGACGAUGAGCAGGAGGACUUCAUCAUCAAACCAUCAGACAACCUGAUCGUGACGGGCAGGACUGCCGAAGACUGCUGCAGCCUGGAGAUUUACGUUUACAAUGAAGCGGAGGACUCCCAGUAUGUGCAUCACGACAUAAUCCUGCCGGCGUACCCGCUCUGCGCCGAAUGGCUCAACUUUGACCCGAGCCCAGACAGUCGUGUCGGAAAUUUCUUGGCGGUCGGGAGCAUGAAGCCCACCAUCGACGUGUGGGACCUGGAUCUCGUCGACGGACUGGAGCCUGUGUUCAGGCUCGGUCGCAAGAAGCCCUCCAAGAAGAAGAAGAAGACAAAAGGCAAAAAGGCCGCUUCGGAUGGAGAUUCCGAAACGACAUCGGAGGGACACACAGACGCCGUGCUUGACCUUUCCUGGAACCACAACGCAAGGAACGUGCUGGCGAGCGCCUCCGCCGACCACACGGUUAUCCUGUGGGACCUGGUGCAGGGCAAGGUGGCGACCACGUUGGAGCAGCACACAGACAAGGCACAGACCGUGGAGUGGCAUCCUUUUGAAGCACAGACGCUCAUCUCUGGCUCCUACGACAAGUCCGUGGUGCUGUACGAUUGCCGCAGCCCGUCGGACAGCCACCGCAUGUGGCGCUUCAGCGGGGAGGUGGAGAGGGUCACUUGGAACCACUUCUCCCCGUUCCACUUCCUGGCCAGCACAGACGACGGCUUCGUGUACUGCCUGGACGCGCGAUCGGAUAAGUCCGUCUUCACCCUGCAGGCGCACGAGGAGGCAGUCACGGGGCUGGUGCUGAGCUCGCAGGUAAAGGGCUGCCUGGUGACCUCCUCUGCCGACAAGCACGUCAAGGUGUGGGACAUCCUGGCCAACAAGCCCAGCCUGGUGCACUCCCGUGACAUGAAAAUGGGCAUCAUCUACUGUGGCAGCUGCAGCCCCGACAGCCCCUUCACAUUCGCGUUCGGAGGGCAGAAGGAUGGCCUGCGUGUGUGGGACAUCACGAACGUGAAAUCAGUGCAAACGGCGUUCGGUUCCCGGGAGAGGCUGUUGGUGUCCCAGCCAGAUGUGGAUGCCUCUCCUUCAACAUCCUCGGACUCUGCACCCAUGGAGAGCUGAGACUGGGAUCCAAGGGACGAGUGGAUUCUUAUUCUGAGCGCGACAAGAUUUAUUUUUUGUGUUUUUUUUUUGCCUUGCACCACCCCACGCUAUGAAUUUAAAUCUCUUGAGUGGUGCUUGUGGACAAGUGCUCAGCGAGGCCCCCUCUGUGCACGGGUGUAGGAAAGAGCUGCAGUUUAUCUCUGAAGUUUCAGACCGUUGAACAUUGAUGGAGCCAAAGUACUUUGAGGACCAACUGGGAGCUUCAUCCAGGUCCCCUGCAGGGUUUAGGUUCAGACUUCUAAAUUUUACAGCCUCAUAUAAAAGUAAAAAAAAAUCUAUCGUCUUUCCAGAGCCCUGCUGAAUGUUGACUUUUAAUCUUUGGAAAUGUUUAAAUAAAAUACGGAAAUGUUUCUUCAUUUUGAAAAACACUA